AUGAUCUCAAGAUUGGCUUUACCCUCCUCCAACAACACCAACCAACCCUCAAGCUCUUCUAACCUUUCAUCCCAACCCCUUCCAAACCCAAAUGGUGCACUCAGUGCCAUUACACUAUGGUCAAGGACUACUUUGGAGGAGAUACCUGCUAGGGCCUUGGAAGACAUUCAUGAGAAAGAAGUGGUUAUUGAAGCUCCACAUGAAGAGGAGGAGAUGAGCACAAGGCAAAAGGAGGGAGAAGUGAACCUCAAAGAGCCCAAAAGGAAAGCUACAAUGGAUGAGUCCAUUCCUAUUCCAUUCCCUUCCAUGAUAAAGAAGGCCAAGAAAGCUUCGGAGUUUGAUUUGAACAUGCUUCAAGUAUUCAAGAAAGUUGAGGUAACCAUUCCACUUCUUGAUGUCAUUCAACAAAUUCUGAAGUAUGCAAGAUACUUAAAAGACUUAUGCAUACACAAGGAUAGGAUAGGUGAGUUGGAGACAUUGUCAUUCGGUAGUUCUAUUUCUGCAUUGAUGAAGCCUAUUCCUGAAAAGUUUGGUGACCCUAGACCUUGUUUGGUUUCUUGUCGUAUUGGUGGAGUUGUUUUUCAUGACUGUAUGUGUGAUUUAGGAGCUUACGUGAGCAUCAUGCCAUUCUCAGUGUUUGCAAGGUUGAACUUAGCUCCAUUGAAAAGGUUGACUGCCAGAUUUGCCUUGGCCGACAAGGGUGUGAUUACCGUGAUGGGAAUAGCCGAAGAUGUGCUUGUGGCAAUCAAGGAUUUGGUUUUUUCGAUUGACUUCUACAUCCUUGAAAUGCCACCAACAGAGGGUAGAAGUUCCUCCUCCGUUCUACUUGGUAGACCCUUCUUGAAGACCUCCAAAUUUAAGUUGGAUGCCUUCACCGGCACAUACUCUUUUGAGGUUGGAGAAAAGACAAUCAAGUUCAACUUAAAGGAAGCCAUGAAACACCCACCCGAAGAGCAUUCCGUCCUCCGAUGUGAUGUAAUUGAUGAGGUAGUAGCGGAAGUGCAAAGCAAAGAUCAAAACGAGCUAUGCUACCCUAUUGUUGAGGAGAAGGAUGAUCAAGAGGGUGAACAAAGAAAAUUUGUUGAGAGUGAUUCCCAUGAGCUUGGUGAAAAAGAACUGCAAUUGGAGGCCAAAAGUGAAUUGAAGCCUCUUCCAUCUCAUUUGAAGUAUGCAUUUCUUGGAGACAAUCAAGAGUUUCCGAUCAUUAUUGCUAGUGAGCUCUCUAGCCAAGAAGAGGAGAAGGUCAUUGAAGUCCUAAGGAAGCACAAGAAAGCAAUCGAUUGGAGCUUGGGUGACAUUGUGGGAAUUGACCCGCAUAUGUGCAUGCAUCAUAUCUUUCUCCAAGAAGGAGCUCGGCUGGUUAGACAAACCCAAAGAAGACUCAACCCAACUAUCCUUGAUGUGGUGAAAAAGGAAGUCACAAGGCUACUUGAUGCGGGUAUCAUAUACUCGAUUUCUGACAGUGAAUGGGUGAGUCCGGUCCAAGUUGUCCCAAAGAAAUCGGGCAUCACCGUCGUCAAGAAGGAAGAUGGUGAAGUGGUCACCAAAAGAGUACAAAAUGCUUGGUGA